CCUUCCACUCGAUUGUGUCACAGUCACUUUGGUCGACAGCACUGAGGAUGAAGCAGCUACUCUGUCUGAUAGUGGUAUUCGCGUCGGUUCUAGCCAAUGCGCUAGGAUACACCCAUCGGCACAUGCCAGGUGCAUACCAUAGCUUGGGUAUGCCUGAGCAGCCCCCAUUCCUUGGGCGGGUGGUCGGAGGAGUCGAUGCCAACAUUGCCGACUAUCCGUACCAGCUUUCGCUGCGUCGGUUUGGCGGCCAUUUCUGUGGAGCUUCCGUCAUUGCUGCCCGCUGGGCUCUGUCUGCUGCGCACUGCACUUUCCCGCUGCCGGCUGCAAGCUCGGUGCAACUGCGGGGCGGCACUGCCGAUCGUACAGCAGGAGGCGUACUGUUCGAUGUGGAGGAAAUCAUCAACCACCCGAACUAUGACGAUUGGACGAUUGAGUUCGACGUGUGCGUGUUGCGUACGGUGGCGGACCUGAGCGGAGCGAACAUUGUCCCGAUUGCUAUGGAUCCGUCCGGAGCGACGCAUGCGCCAGGAUCUCGAGCAGUUGUCAGCGGAUGGGGUCUCGAUAGUACCGGAAACUCGCCGGUCAUUCUGCAACGUGUUGAUAUUCCGAUCGUUUCUGAAGCGGAAUGUUCCGGUUCUGGUGGCUGGCCUAGCGGAUGGGUCACUCCGGACAUGAUUUGCGCCAGUGAAGCCGGUCGUGAUGCGUGCAACGGUGACAGCGGUGGCCCACUCGUUGUGGGAGGACGGCAAAUCGGUAUUGUCUCGUGGGGAGAUCCGAACUGUGUUGGAUCGCCUCCUGGUGUGUACGCGCGAGUUGCAUUCCCAACUAUUCGCAGCUUCAUUUCGGACUUUGCUGGUGUUUAACUCUAUCGGAGGACUGGCUAAGACUUUUUGGAAUUGGAAUGUGCCGAAAUGCUGCAAAAAUAAAUCAUUUUCUAUUGCUAACGGUAAUUUCCAAUGUGUUUACUCCGAAUAAAGUAACAACGAUAGCUAGCACCUCACCACAA